AUGGGCAUCCAGGGCAUGGAGCUGUGCGCCAUGGCCGUAGUGGUGCUGCUGUUCAUCGCCGUCCUCAAGCAGUUCGGCAUCCUGGAGCCCAUGUCCAUGGAAGAUAGCAGCGACAGUGAGCUGGAGCUGUCCACAGUGCGCCACCAGCCGGAGGGACUGGACCAGCUGCAGGCACAGACCAAGUUCACCAAGAAGGAGCUACAGUCCCUCUACAGGGGCUUCAAGAACGAGUGUCCCACGGGCCUGGUGGAUGAAGACACCUUCAAACUCAUUUACUCCCAGUUCUUCCCUCAGGGAGAUGCCACCACUUAUGCACACUUCCUCUUCAACGCCUUUGACGCCGAUGGGAAUGGGGCCAUCCGCUUUGAGGACUUUGUGGUCGGCCUCUCCAUCCUCCUGCGAGGAACAGUCCACGAGAAGCUCAAGUGGGCCUUUAACCUCUACGACAUCAACAAGGACGGCUACAUCACCAAAGAGGAGAUGCUGGCCAUUAUGAAGUCCAUCUAUGACAUGAUGGGCCGCCACACCUACCCUAUCCUGCGGGAGGACGCGCCUCUGGAGCAUGUGGAGAGGUUCUUCCAGAAAAUGGACCGGAAUCAGGACGGGGUGGUGACCAUUGAUGAGUUCCUGGAGACCUGUCAGAAGGAUGAGAACAUCAUGAGCUCCAUGCAGCUGUUUGAGAACGUCAUCUAGGACAUGUUAGUGGGGAGGGGUCCUUGAGUGGCCACCACCACCUCUGCCCCCAGAGAAAUCUCAAUCCUGCAGGAGCAGCCUCCAUGAGAAACUUUUUUUCUAAUAUAUUUGCAAAAAGCGAACAGUUUGCUCUAGACACACACACACACAUACACACACACACACAGAGCCCGUUCCUUUGGGCUGGUAGAGGGGGUGCAGAGGUCAGGGAGGGGCUGAGUCUGGCUGGGAGCUGGAUCCAGGCGAUGAGAGCUAUACUACCUGGCCAGCCCCCGACCAGCUCCCGGCCAGCAGUGGAGUGGGGCUGCCUCUGGAAUGGGUGCUGAAAGAGCCGUGUGUGCAGGCUGCUGGCCACGGGGUGCUGCCAGGAAAGCGCUCGAGAUCCCCUACAGGAGAGGGUCCAGUCUCCAAAACAAAGGCCCCGCUGGUGUGAGUCCCCUCGCCCCUCCCUCCCACCACACAUGGGCCAGGUUGUGGGGGCUGCUUUGGCCUUCUUGUCCCCCAGCUACUCCCCUGCCACCCAACUACACUCCCAGAAAGCUCGUCACCACAGGACACUUGUGGGGC